AUGGAGGCUGUCAAACUGUCAAGGGGCGAGCAUGCCGGUCCCAGCGAGAAGGGUGUGGCUGGGUUCAUGGCCAUGAAGACGCUGAUCGAGCAAAGGAUUUGGCGCUGGGUGGAGGAGAAGAAAGAGCAGCUGCCUUUCACGUUCAACACCCUGCUGUUGGAUAAUGUGAUCUGGCCGUGCCUGGACCAAAAGAACCAGGGCAUCCUGUCGACGGCGGGGAGGGUGCAUUGGGUCUGGAGAACGCACACGUACGGCUUUUACCAGAUGGGCGAGAUGCUGAAGGAGAUAUUUCCCAGGCACGUCGACAAGGUGGCCCAGGUUGAGAACUAUGGUGAAGACCAUAAAGUGGGCGACACGGCUGUUGGCAAGGAGCUGCUGAGCAGACUGAGCCGGAAUGGCGAAUGGCGCAAGCUGAAAGAGAGUCUGGCGGACAACGCAAAGAGCUGA